UAUUUUCGGGGCAGCGGCAGAGUUUCCAGCUGCUUGUCGCUGUCUGCCGACACAGCGGCCAGUUUCGGAAAGGGUGGCACUGCUUAAAUCACAUUAUUUGGAAUACAACUGAGCUCCAAAUCACUGCAAAAGUUACCGGACAACCAGAGCUACCGUCGGGUGAGGUGAAGAUGGUGGACCGGCUUGCGAACAGCGAGGCCAACUCCAAGCGGAUUGCAGUGGUGGAGAGCUGCUUUGGUGCUGCAGGCCAGCCACUGGCCAUCCCGGGCCGCGUGCUGAUCGGCGAGGGUGUCCUCACCAAACUCUGCCGCAAGAAGCCCAAGGCGCGACAGUUCUUCCUCUUCAAUGACAUCCUGGUCUACGGCAACAUUGUCAUUCAGAAGAAGAAGUACAACAAGCAGCACAUCAUUCCGCUGGAGAGCGUCACCAUCGACACAGUGCCAGAUGAGGGCGACCUGCGCAAUGGCUGGCUAAUCAAGACACCCACCAAAUCUUUCGCCGUCUAUGCUGCCACUGCCACCGAAAAGUCCGAGUGGAUGAACCACAUAGGGAAAUGUGUUGGAGACUUGCUGCAGAAGAGCGGAAAGUCUCCGACGGGCGAGCAUGCAGCUGUAUGGGUGCCUGAUUCGGAAGCAUCCGUGUGCAUGCGCUGCCAGAAAGUGAAGUUUACGCCAGUCAGCCGCCGUCACCACUGCAGAAAGUGCGGCUUUGUGGUUUGCGGGCCGUGCUCAGAGAAGAAGUACCUCCUUCCCAGUCAGUCGUCCAAACCCGUUCGCGUCUGCGAGUAUUGCUACUUGCAGCUGACGUCAGGAAGCCUCGGGCCCCGCUCAGACUCCAUCAGCCGGCCGGGCUCAAAGUUCAACAGCAACAACCUGUCAGACGAUGAAGACGAAGACGACAGCAGUGACUGAGGAAUGCCCGAUCCUCCCAAUAGCGUGUCCCAUCUCUCCGUCGAGGAGGAAAUACUCUGCUGAUCAUUUUCUCAUUUUGUCUCUUUUUCUUCCCAGAUGAUUGAAUUCUGAUCCCCAUGACAAGAGUUCCACCUCUGAGGAUUAAUUCAUUAAUUCGCUGUGGAGCUUCAGUCUUGCCUGCAAACCAAAUGAUUUUUUUUUUCUCUUUAAUUCCAGCAGGGAUAGAUAUUUUCCUGAACACAGUGAUUAAUCAGUGGAAUGUGGAAUUAACUGCAUGACCAGCAGAACUCUGGGAUAAAGUCUGACUGUUCAUCUUAGUCUUUGAGUCCGCCCUUCGCUCUUGCCUCUUAAUUAGGCUGCGAUUAGUCACUACAGAAAACAGCGGUGCUAAUGAGAAACUUCCACUCCGCUCUGUCCUACUCUUAAUUUAAUUUCUUCUAAAAUUUUUUUCCCUUUUUCUUUUUUAUGUUCUGUCCAUGAACUAAAACAAGGUAAUUUCUUGUAAUUUCUGCAGGGAAAAGCAAAUGUUUGGGCUCCAGCCUCCAUCUCCUCUGUCCUGCAGCUAUUAUUCCAAACAGGACUUUAUUGUAAUAAAAUUCAGGCAUUUUUGUUGCCCUACUUUGUAAAUUUAUCUCUGACAAAAUGCUAAAAUCCCCUUUUAUAAACAACAAAAUGUAGAUAUUACGCUGAACCAAUAGCUUUUCUAAAUGACCUAAUAUAGUUGCUUCUGACAAAUCAACUAAAUCUUGUCUCACAGUGAACAUUGGUCUCUUAGCACAGUUUUGUGAGUUUCCUCAGCUGACAUCCCAAAAACUAAUUCUGCUUUCUGCCUUUGCCAUCACGUAGUGCCUUGUAGAAAAUUGAGCUCAGUCUUCAGUAGGGGAAAGUUUAGAAGUUAAUAAAGCCAGUCUGCAAAAAAAGAGACUUCAUGAUAGGUUGACUUUGAUGCACAUUAUAUAGGAUGGGAUUGUUUUUUGGUUUUUCCAAACAGAAGAGCAGAGUUAUUACCAACCAGCUGACACACAGGAAGAGUUCAGUUUGGACUUUUCCUGGAGACACUUGAAAGACACUUUAGCCAGCCAUUCAAUCUUAAAAAGGCAGGCACUGGCUUUUAGAUUUAGCUGCUAAUAUUCUUUUUUUUCUCAAGGAGAAUCCUGUGAGAAUUUGGUUCUGGGUUCUGCUUUGUGUUUCCACUAUGUUUUACAAAAAUACAUGAACAGAAGGGAGUAUUGAUAAUGGCGGAGUUUACGUACCAAUACAUAAACAUGUGAACAUCUUGCAUUUGCCUGCAUGCAGCCUUGAAAAACAUCUAUCUUUGGUGGAAAAAAGUGGCUCACUACAUGACACAUACAUGUCCAUUAGUAGAAAAUGUAGUUUAACUACCAUCUCAUACCACAAUAUUAUGCAAACAAUCCAACAAAUGGAUAAUUAGGCAGCAAAACAUCUGAAUAUCGCCUGAUCACGGUCCACGUUUUCUUGCAGUGCUUGUCUGAACACGUCUUUCAUUGACACGGCAUUUUUUUUGUGUGUUGCAAACAAGCUGUUGCAUUGCACUCUCCUGAGAAUCCCUGGAACUUAGAUGUAAUAUCACCUCAUGGGUGGAGUACCUUGGAAACAAAAGACAUAAAGUGGCAAAGGCUGCACAUUAAGUUGUAAGUCUUUAGUUUCCAGAGUGGAAAAAAUCCUCAGAGUGGAAGAUGGACAAAGUGGUUCCUCACACCUGGAUGGAUUUUUCCUUUUAGUUGUAGGUUUGUUUAGAGGCUGUGUGACCAACAGAGGUGUGCAAAACAUUGAUUGAGCUGUUUUUAAGGGCAAUUUCUUUUUGGUGUGAAAAAUGCUAAUUGGGAACAUCAGACAAGCGUGUAACACAGAGCUAAUUCGGUCAGUGAAUGAAUGAAAUUAAAUCAAAUGCAAUAAUCAGGAAGUUUUAGGGCCUGUUUUGUGUUUUCAUUUGUUGCUGCAGGAUUAUGUGUUGCACCAUAGUCUGUGCGAGUCCUCCCAGUUCUGCUGCUGAGGUGGUUUUCUGGAAUGAAAGUGAGGAAAUCAGCACGUUGUCUUCCUGUCAGUGACUUUAGCAUGCGCUGCUUUGAGGUCAGAUGACCACUAUGUGUCAUAAAGCAAACGCACCUCCACUGAAAUCUGCUCCUCUGCCAACACAAGCUAACAUGUCCUUCCUUCCUGUCUUCCCUCCCUGUGUCGUUUGUUACUUUUUCAGCACCAGAACUUUCCAAUGGAACGCAAGUCUGCUUGUCACAUGAUACUGUGUUUGACCUAAGUCAUGUGAUCAGUCACUAAACCAGGAACUGAAAGGGGCUGCUUGGAGGAAUUGUACCAAGCUACCUGCAACCUGCAGAGAUUUAAGGUUCAUUUACUCUCAGAGAUGUCAACAGUUUCAGCCAGAGUUUCUAUUCCCAGUGAGUCCUCUGAAGAGAGAACUAAUUUGCACUCAGAAACACCAAGCAUUUAUUUCUGUAUGUUUAAAAAAAUAAUUAGAGUCAGAAGUCAGAAUGGAUCAUUUUGGAAGCCAAAACCUUUUAACAAAACUGUAAAUGAAUCAGUUUAAUAUUAAGAGUUAUGCCAGUUUGUGUGAUCACCCUGUCACAGUUUUUUCCUGCCAUUAGAAGUCUUCACUGUUCCAUUCAUUUAUUCAUGUCAGACUCAAGCUAGAACCUCUCAGACUAUCAGCAUACUUAAUGAAGCUACUGUAUUGCUUCAGGCCUCAGGUCAGUUAUUAAGUACAAAAACAUAAAUACACACAUAACAUCUUGACACAAAUCCAACGAUCAGGAUACACAGAUGUCCUGUUUUGUUUUUUUGUUUUUUUGCGCCAGCCAAUCUCAACUGAGAAAAGCAGCAAUUUGAUCAGUUUGUCACAUCAGGCAGGUUACCCUGCCUUAAAGGUGUUUAGAUCAGAAAAACUUUGUGUUUAAGUGUGACGGGGGUGAUGUGUUUGAGGUUUGGCAAACCCCAAAACACUGCAGAAAGGUUUAUAAUACUCUGACACAGGAUUUUACAGCCCUUGAAAGGAUUAUAUUGUCAUCAUGUUGGUUGCUAGGUAAAAAGUAGAACUCCAUUACAAAGUAAUUUUACAGAUAUGUGUGUGUUUGUGUAUUUAAUUCAACUUGAUUCCUUGCUGGACGAUGUUGCCUUGUGUUGAAACAAAAGAGCCAGGUUCAACUUUUUUUUUUUUUUUUAAACUAAAGUCCCCUGACUAAUAAUAAUAAGCGUAAAGUGAAAACA